CCAGCAGCCGCAGCAGGAGCAGCAGCCGCCGCGGCAGGAGCGCCAGCCCUGACGGCCGCAGCCGCCCACGCCGGCGAGCAGGGCAGGAGGAGGCGGUGGCGCGCCGGGCCGGGCCGUGCCGCGCCGCGCCGGCGGCGGGAGGAUGCGUCAGGAUGAAACGCCACAGGCAUCUAAGCACCAGUGACAGUUCAGACAAUGAGAGUCCUUCCACUUCCUUUUCUUCCUGUUCUAAAUACAGGAGCAAGUCAAAAACACCAGCAAAUGAACAGAAGAAACCUGCUGAGGUGUUCCGCAAGGAUCUCAUUAGUGCCAUGAAACUACCAGAUUCUCACCAUGUCAACCCUGAUGAAUAUUACAUCUUUGCGGACACGUGGAAACAAGAAUGGGAGAAAGGAGUUCAAGUUCCAGCCAGUCCAGAAACUAUUCCACAGCCAUCACUCAGGGUUGUAGCAGAAAAGGUGAAAGAAGUACUGUAUACGCGACCCAGGAAAUAUAUCCACUGUUCCAGUCAAGAGCCCACAGAACCAGGUUACAUCAACAUUUUGGAACUGGCAGAAUCUGUGUGUCGUUAUGACUUAGAUGACAUGGACAUCUUCUGGCUUCAGGAGCUAAAUGAAGAACUCACAGAAAUGGGAUGUGGGCCCCUGGAUGAAAACACAAUGGAAAAGACAAUUGAAGUGCUAGAACGGCACUGUCAUGAAAACAUGAAUCACGCUAUUGAGACUGAAGAAGGUUUGGGUAUUGAAUAUGAUGAAGAUGUCAUCUGUGAUGUGUGCAGGUCCCCUGACAGUGAAGAUGGGAAUGACAUGGUGUUUUGUGACAAGUGUAAUAUCUGUGUCCAUCAGGCGUGCUACGGAAUCUUAAAAGUCCCUGAAGGGAGCUGGCUGUGUCGCACCUGUGUCCUGGGAAUACAUCCUCAGUGCCUCCUGUGUCCCAAAAGAGGAGGUGCCAUGAAAGCUACCAGGACAGGGACCAAGUGGGCACAUGUGAGCUGCGCCCUGUGGAUUCCAGAGGUUAGUAUUGCUUGCCCAGAAAGGAUGGAGCCAAUCACAAAGGUGUCUCACAUUCCACCUAGUCGAUGGGCUUUAGUUUGUAGUUUGUGCAAACUGAAAACUGGUGCUUGCAUUCAGUGCUCCGUGAAAAGCUGCAUCACUGCCUUUCAUGUCACCUGUGCCUUUGAGCAUAGCUUAGAGAUGAAGACUAUUCUGGAUGACGGGGAUGAGGUCAAGUUCAAGUCGUAUUGUCUAAAGCACAGCAAGAACAAACAGAAUUCACUGCCUGAUGUUGAUGAGCACCCUAAGAGCGUGUCAGACCAGAAGCAAACAGAGAGCGAGAAAACCAGUUUGCGAGCCCAAAAACUCCGAGAGCUGGAAGAGGAGUUUUACUCACUGGUUAAAGUGGAGGAUGUUGCAGCAGAACUGGGCCUUCCUAAACUUGCUGUAGAUUUCAUCUACAAUUACUGGAAAUUAAAGCGAAAAAGUAACUUUAACAGACCAUUGUUUCCUCCCAAGGAGGAUGAAGAAAAUGGCUUGGUGCAGCCAAAAGAAGAUAGCAUUCAUACUCGCAUGAGGAUGUUCAUGCAUUUGAGGCAGGACCUAGAGAGGGUAAGGAAUCUCUGCUACAUGGUAAGCAGGAGAGAGAAACUCAAGUUGUCUCACAGUAAAGUACACGAACAGGUCUUCAAUUUGCAAGUCCAGCUCAUUAAUCAGGAAAUUGCUGCAGGCCAUACCCUGACAAGUGCACUAGAGAACACGCUGUUCUACCCACCUCCCAGGAUCACCCUGAAGUUAAAAAUGCCCAAAUCAGCACUAGGAGAUUGCAAAAAUAACUCGCUGAAGCCUGGCAACAGACCGCUUUCUCCCGACAACAACAGCACUGUUUACAGCAAGCGGAGCGUGCCCGUGUCCAAGGAAUCGUUUGAAAUCAAAGCAAAAUCUUACUCCAGGUAUCAACACGACAGCAGAAGUAACGGGUUGCUGGCGGGGAUGGGCAAGGCUCGCAGCGAGGCCAAGGAGCCUGGCCCCGUGCAGAUGCCAGAGUUUUACCGGGGCCAGCCGUCCGGGAAGCCCCUGGCGCUCCAGGCGGCUCUGCACGGACAAGCUUCCAUUGGCAACGGGCGGCCGCAGCAGGAGAACUCGAGGCUGGUGGCCAAGUCCAACGGCCUGAUGGGCAGGGCUGGAGAUGUGAGCCAGAGGGACAGCUCCAGCCAGACGCCCUACGAACAAGAGUCCGUGCUCACGGCUCACUUGGCCGGCCAGAGCAGCUUCCGAAAAUCCACCAUGGAACAUUUUAGCCGGUCCUUUAAAGAGGCCACCAAUAGUCUGGUGAGGACCACGGAAGAUCUCCGGUGCUGUGAAAAGCCAACGAGAAGACUUGCCCCAAAAGAUCGCUUGUGGAGCAAGCAGACGCUUGAAGGUGCUCCCUACCAGGACAAUGACGGGUACUGUCCCGAUUUAGAGCUGAGUGACUCUGAAGCAGAAAGUGAUGAAAACAAAGAGCAAGUGAGGUUAAGACGAAGUAGCUCAGAGAGGGAAAGCCCCAGUAAGGACUUUGGAAGAGAUUGUCACAAUAGAAACAAAAAGAACGUGAUUUCUCACAGUUCAGUACAAAGGUGAUUAGAAGCCCCCACGGGGUAACUCAGCCUUUAUGUGUUCCAGUGUACCAGUGCAAAGCUCAGCAUCAAAAGGUUCCAGAAAAUAGACCAGGACCUAACGUUAGGAAGAGUUUGCAGUAGGGGAUGGGGGGAGGGGAGAGAAACCAGAGUAGAUUUGUUCAACUGUGAAUUGGCUUGCAGUCUUCGCGAGGUUGACUCGGUUAUUGCAAAGUCACAGGGAAAUGGGUGUGUGGAAAUUGUUAGAGGGUGACAUCUGGGAGAGCACGAAGCGGUUUAAUCUCUGCCUAAAUUCAGGAAACUGCUUCCCCCUUGCCAGGCAAAAUCGUUGAUGUUCUGUCAGUCUCACAGUGGUGGGCAGGUAUUAAAGAAGUCCUUGCUCAUCUCUAACCUGUUGUGAGAGGCUGCAAAGGGAGACUGCAGGGAGACUGAAACUGCAUUGUUAGGGCACCUGCAGCGUGGCUUUGGUCCAGCAGCGCAGUUAGGGAGUUAAGCAUGUGAAAAGUCCUGAUAGUUUCCCACCCUCCCCCCCCAGGAACCUUUGUGCUCAGGUCUCCGAGCACAUGCCAGCGUGCUCUGCUGGAUCAGGCCCAAAAUGACUACUAAGUGACCAUCCUUUUCUGCAGGAGGCUUUGAACUGCAGUGGCGUUUGCAGGCUCCUUGCAGAGGGUGGAAGCAGGCGUCGCUGGCGCUGCCAAACUCACUGACCUCUAGAUGUGCCGCCCCCGCCCCUCUUCCCCCUUCCCUGCUCUUGCUGAAGGUUGUGUUUCUUUUCAAAAUAAUUUGCUUAUUUUGUAAAUAUACAACUUCUAGUACUUCAGUUUUUUUAAUCUCUGUACAUAGUUGCUUGUUGUGGGAUGCACUUGUAAAUAUUUUACCCAGCUAACAAGUACAGAUGGCUAAUUUUGUGGAUAGUGUUUACAAAAGUAGAUGUACUACUUCAAAGAAAAAUGCUAUUUGACACUUAAAUUUAGGCAAUCACCAGUGAUGCCAGGUUGCUCUUGAAACUGAGAUUUCAUGUCCAGAGGUGUUUGUACCUGGUGUUUUUAAAGUAAGCUGAAUUGGAAGUAAUUUUCUCUGAACUUUUGAUGUGGGCACAAAUUUUCUAGCCUAGUUGCCUGAAUACAGGCGUAGCAGCCUUACUUCUGGCAUCUGGGUCUGUAAAAUUUUAGCCAGUCAUCAUCUAGAGUUUGGGGAUUUUUUAAUUGCUGAAAACUUAUUAUUUUAUUAAGCUGCUUUUCAACCUCUGGAUCACUUGCUGUUUCCCAAACUAACACUUCGAUUUUUUUUAUGCCCUUUAAAAUUAGCAGUUAAUUAGUGAUUCAAUUUCAGACAGUACUUGAGGAAGCGAGAAGGGAAGGCGAUUCUUUUCAGGGGAUUUUUGUUCAAAUGCAAACCAACUUCUCGUGUGUCAGAUGAUGGUGGGUGGUGUGUUGACCAACAAAAGUGACUGAACUGUUCUUCUCUGAAAUGCUGUACCUUUAUCAUAAACACGCAACACCCUCCAUCCCUGCAGCACUGGCUGAAAUGGGCCGUAGGUUGUCCAGGGCACAUCGGACGGCGCCUUUCGUCUUGAAGGUUCCUUUAUUUUUUGUCUAGAAACGAAAGGUGUUCCCCACCCGCUGUGAAGAUGACUAUGCAGAAUCCAACCAACCACCCGGUUUUCUUCAGAGACUUUUAAUUUAUUGCUUUUAGCUUGGGAAAUGGCAACGACGUUUUCACAUCUGUUUUAAACGUUGAAAUCUCCCUAGUUGCAAUAGGACUAGCAAGUCAGGGGCUGGAGGACUUUUCAGUAGAGAAAUAAGAAUUAAAAAAGCAAAACAAAAGUAAAGUAUACUUGGCAAUUCUGCUCUGUUUCCUUCAUGCAUCUUAAUUUUUAUUCUUUUUUAUUUUUUCCCCACAUCUUGAUUUUAUGUAUAUUUGUGUAAUUGAUCUUUCUAGAGCUGUAUCUUCCAAAUGAUUUCUUUUGGUGUAAAUAUGCAGUAGAGCAUUUUAGGUUUCCACAUAUUUUAUUUUAACGGGAAGUGCUUUGUGUUCUAAGCCAUGGGUCAAUUCAGAAUUAAGUAAAACAAAUAUCUGUUCAUUUGUUCUGAUUCUCUUAGUUCUCCUUCGAUAUUUAUUAGUGAUCCUCUCUCGCUGGUCAUGAAAUUUGAUGAAGCUCGUAUCGGGAACGCCGAUCUUUGGGAGGUCUGCGAAAGCGUUCAUGUUAUUUUGUGGCCGGAAGCCUAUGACAGAAGGGAGGGAAAAUGGUGCUUCAGCAAAACUCAGUGUUUUCUGCUCUUCUGGGGUUAUUAAUUCAGUUGUUUCCAGUCCGGGCAAAUGGUUUUGCUAAUUUUUACAUGAUUUUAAUAGAUAUAUGAAGGAGCCCUUGGUUAUGUAGUUCUCAAGUAUUGUCCCCAAAGUGCAUUUGCUAGUUUUUAUUGUGUGUUCGGUGGCUAACUGUUUGAAGUAUUACCUCUUAACCUUAUUUGUCAAUAUUUUUUUUUGUGUUUUUGCAUUUUGUUUUAUAUAUAUAAAUAUAUAUAUAUAUUCAAUUUUCCAAGAUGGAC